AUGUGUCGCCUCGUCGAACUUGAGUAUGCCUGUUCCACCGACGAGACUCCCCAUCGUCUACGCACCGAGGCAGUUUUCCAAUGCAACGACCCUUUUGGUUGUCUGGCAGAGGAGAUUGUAUUGCGCAAACCUGGAUCAGAGGCUGACCUUGCCGCAGCAAAAACCCAAGAGAAGGAAUUUACUAUCAUGAAAAUCGGCGGUGAUUGCAACGAGUGCGCCGAGAGAAAGACCAAUAUCUUGGCAAAUGAGGAGCGAAUUUUCCAGGAGAUGAAGGGGGAGAUACAAGAGAUAGAGAAACAGUUGGAACGUCCUUGUCGCAAGACUCUGCGACGAUCUAAGCGUAUGUGUCGGUCCGAGGAAAGCAUUUCACUGUACAAGUUACGCGAGCCUAGGGCUACAUACAAGCCAGAAGCCACCUGUUCUUCAGGAUCUUGCACAAGACCUGUCCAUGUCGCUCACGAUGGUCGUCAAGGUAUGUUUUGUGAGAAGCACACGUGCUCUGCUGUCAACUUGGGUUGUCUUCUGGAUGUGUCUACCCCUCGAAACAGUUCUCAAUACUCCAUCUACUGCCCUUUGCAUGCUUGCAGCAGACUUGGCUGUGGCUUGAAGAUUGCAGACCAGGAUACUGUCUUCUGCAAGAGGCACGACUGGCAGUUCGAGGUUGCCACAUGUACUCAGUGGUAUGCACGACAGGGUGGUGGGUAUGGCCAGGCACCGUUUGGUAUUUUGGACUCUCACAUGCACAGAGUUUAG